AAGCGCCUCUCGUGUGUGGGGGGGGUAUGUAUGUAUGUGUGUGUAUGUGUCUUGUGUGUGUGAGAGUUGGAAGGUGCCGAGGGCAAGAAACGGGGCGCUGAGGGGUCACCAUCCUGAGUGGGAUCUCAAGAUGUGCGGUGGCUUGGGGGCUAUCCGGUUUUGCCUGAUAUGCUUGCACAGAAUAACAUGCUACGUUUUCAGAAACGGAGAACUUGUGAACUCCUUUAAGUUUACACCUUCCAAGAUUCACUGCCCCUUGUCAGAAGAGUUCCUUCUUAUGUGAAGUCCCUUGGUCUGCAGGAGUUUCUCUGUGGCCUGUGGUACCGUGUAGAGAAAUCAGUGGAAAAACCUUCCAACAAUUUAGAAUUUUGUUGUUGAAGAGGGCUGUGUUGCCCAGUGGGCAGCAGCCUUGGUUGACCAAGAAGAAUGAAAAGGAAUGUACCCUUGUAUUUUAUGGCUCUGUUAGCAGUUGCAGUAAUGGGAUACUCUUCCAGACGCUCAGCUAUGGAUUUGGAUGCGACUCCCAGAAUAACAGUCACUUAUAAUGAUUUGAUAUCUGCAAGACGAUUCAACAGUCAUGCCCAGAACUACACCACCCUGCUGCUAGAAGAUGAGAAAGGAAUUCUUUAUGUAGGAGCCAGGGGGGCUAUAUUCUCCUUAAAUUCCAGCAAUAUUGCUGAUAGCUCCCAUCGAACCGUGGAGUGGGAGGUCUCCCCAGAGAUGCAGGCAAUGUGCCUGAAGAAGGGCAAAAACAACAAGACAGAAUGUUACAACCAUGUCAAGCUUUUGCAGCGGCUAAACGCAACCCACCUGUAUGCCUGUGGCACAUAUGCUUUCCAUCCACUCUGCACAUAUAUUGAUACCAACAAUUUCACGCUGCCCUCUUACUUUGAGGAAGGAAAGGAAAAAUGCCCGUAUGACCCUGCUCAUGGCUACACGGGGCUUAUUGUGGAUGGUAGUUUAUAUACAGCAACACGCUAUGAAUUCCGCAGCUUGCCAGACAUCAGGCGCAACCGGUACCAGCGGAUUCUAAAGACUGAAGAGUCUCCUCUGCACUGGCUAAAUGAUGCUGAUUUUGUGGCCUCCGUGCUAGUCCGAGAGAGUGUGAGGAGCCCUGUGGGAGAUGAUGACAAGAUCUACUACUUCUUCACAGAGCGAGCUGGAGAGGAGACCACCUCAAUAUUUGACAAGGCACAAGCGCCCCGGGUAGCCAGGGUGGCUCGAGUGUGUAAGAAUGAUGUUGGUGGUAAGAAGAUCCUCCAGAGGAAAUGGACAUCCUUCACGAAAGCAAGGCUGGCCUGUUACAUUCCCUACUAUGAGGUCCUCAAGGAUGUUUACAGUCUGGACAGUGGUGACUGGCGGAGCACAGUCUUCUAUGCAAUAUUCACCUUAUCAGCACAAUGGAGGAGCAUGGAGGUGUCUGCCGUCUGCCGAUACAACAUAUCUGAGGUGCGGGCAGCUUUCUUAGGGCCUUAUAUGGAAUACCAGGACUCCUCCCGCAAAUGGUCCCAGUAUACUGGGGAUGUCCCAGUGCCUCGGCCAGGAUCAUGCAUCACUAAUCGUGCUCGCAAAAGUGGCUACAACUCCUCUCAAGACCUGCCCAACAACGUGCUGGAUUUUAUCAAGCUCCAUCCACUGAUGUAUGAAGAGGUGAAGCCUGUGGAUGGAGCCCCCUUAUUAGUGAAGAAAAAUGCAAUUUAUACCCAAGUAGCAGUAGACAGAGUCCGGGGCCUGGAUGGGCAGGUGUACAACGUGCUUUUCUUGGGAACAGGUAAUGGCUGGAUACACAAGGCAGUCGUCAUCAGGUCCAUGGUCCACAUUAUAGAAGAGAUCCAGGCCUUCAAAAAUCUCCAGCCUGUGGAGAACCUCGUCAUUUCUAAACAGCAGAGGAGUCUAUACGUGGGGGCCCAGAGUGGAGUCUUGCAGUUGCCACUGUCCACCUGCAAGCGAUACCUCUCCUGCUUCGAUUGUAUCCUGGCCCGGGAUCCGUACUGUGGUUGGGAUGGCGAGAGCUGUCGAGAACUAACUGAGAUGCUGGACAGGUCUCUACUGAUCCAGGACAUGCUGCAUGGCAGUGUAGGCUGUGGGAAUGACUCCGCCCAGGCCCUGGCCGCACAGAAGAACCGCACAGUGUUGCGUGGUGAUGACGUGCUUUUGCCCUGUGAGCAGGCCUCCAACCUAGCACGAGCGACUUGGCUGGUGAACGGGACCCAAGUGCUGGCUGAGGACAGGGAAGGCCACUUCCGCUUGGGGGUAGAUGGACUGCUGGUGACAGACACACAGAUGGAGUACAGUGGGGAGUACCGGUGCUAUGCGGAAGAGAAUGGCCUCCGAACCCUGGUGGCUGCUUAUACCCUCAGCGUGCUGCCAGAGCAGCUGGUGCCCCAGCCACCCCCAACAUUAUCAUACCCAUCUGGGCAUGCACCCAGCCAUGCUUAUGAGGACAUGAGAUUUAUUUACAUUGCUGUCAUCACCAUGUUGGGGGGCUUGUGCCUGGUGCUCACUGUGGUCCUCCUCUACGUCUCCUGCCUGCAGAAGCGCAAGGGCAAAUACAGUCUCGGGGUCCCCAAGGCAUCCAGCGUGGAGUUGCAGACAGUCUCCUCCAAUUGCAUGGGUAAAGGAAGUCAGGAAGAGGAGGAAGGAGAAGACCUGGGCCUCUUUCCUGAUGGCUGCCUGCAGAUUAUCCCUGGGGAAGCCACCACCCUGGCCUCUCCAUCCAAGGAGGCCCCUCCAGCUCCUCCCCCACCCCCUCCUCCUCUCCCUAUGGAGUUCACCAAUGGCAUCCCUACCUUGCCCAACAUGUUGCGCAAGAUGAAUGGCAAUAGCUACAUGCUGCUGCGGCAGAACGAGGAGCCAUGCACCUCGCCACUCUACAACUCCUUCACCGAGGAGCUGAGCAAGAUCCUAGAGAAGCGGAAACACACGCAGCUGGUCGAAAAGCUGGACGAGAGCUCUGUGUAGGGAUGGGGAAACAGGGAGCCCCACUUGAUGGAACUAAAAAUCCCCCUGACCCCUCCUUCUGUGAUUCCUUCUCCCUGAUCCGACAGAACCAGUGUUACAAUUCAGCAACUACCUCCGGAGCGGCCCUCCGGAGCCGCUAGAGACUCCGUGCUCAUUUCCUUUGGGGGGUGGGGUUGUUGGGUUUUUUGUUGUUGUUGAUUGUUUUGUUUUCCAAUUGUUGUAAAAAUGAGAAAGAAAUUUAUUUAAAUGGGAAUUAUAUUUAUAUAUAAAAGGAUGAUUGAUAAACAGGA